CUAAGUUGUUCUUCCGGGGUGACUGCCUCUUCCAGGGCGGGCGGUGUGGUGCACGCAUUGCUGUGCUCCAACUCCCUCAGGGCCUGUGUUGCCGCACUCUCUGCUGCUAUGAGCUUCCUCAAAAGUUUCCCGCCGCCUGGGCCGGCGGAGGGGCUCCUGCGGCAGCAGCCAGACACUGAGGCUGUGCUGAACGGGAAGGGCCUCGGCACUGGUACCCUUUACAUCGCUGAGAGCCGCCUGUCUUGGUUAGAUGGCUCUGGAUUAGGAUUCUCACUGGAAUACCCCACCAUUAGUUUACAUGCAUUAUCCAGGGACCGAAGUGACUGUCUAGGAGAGCAUUUGUAUGUUAUGGUGAAUGCCAAAUUUGAAGAAGAAUCAAAAGAACCUGUUGCUGAUGAAGAAGAGGAAGACAGUGAUGAUGAUGUUGAACCUAUUACUGAAUUUAGAUUUAUGCCUAGUGAUAAAUCAGCAUUGGAGGCAAUGUUCACUGCAAUGUGCGAAUGCCAGGCCUUGCAUCCAGAUCCUGAGGAUGAGGAUUCAGAUGACUACGAUGGAGAAGAAUAUGAUGUGGAAGCACAUGAACAAGGACAGGGGGACAUCCCUACAUUUUACACCUAUGAAGAAGGAUUAUCCCAUCUAACAGCAGAAGGCCAAGCCACACUGGAGAGAUUAGAAGGAAUGCUUUCUCAGUCUGUGAGCAGCCAGUAUAAUAUGGCUGGGGUCAGGACAGAAGAUUCAAUAAGAGAUUAUGAAGAUGGGAUGGAGGUGGAUACCACACCAACAGUUGCUGGACAGUUUGAGGAUGCAGAUGUUGAUCACUGAAAAUGAUUUAUGCAAGUUUAAGAAACCAGCCUUUUAAAGUUCCAGUUAGCUUCCAAGUUACUGCCAUUGUGAAAACUGUAUAACAUUGCUUCUUAUACUGACCAUGAAUUGUGAUACUGGACCUCUGCUUUCUUCUCACAUCCUGCCAGUGGAACUAUCAGAAAAUAACCUCUUAGAGUUCUGUGAUUUAUAUUUUCCCUUAAAUGCUUAAUUUUAAUUUCCACAUUUACUUUUGUCAGUGGUAGCCAUACAGUUUAAAAUUAGCAAUGUCUUCUCUGUUAAAAUCGUGUGUUCACGUCACUGGAGCUCUAUUAACUUUGAUUUUUAGCUCUCACAGUUCCAAUUGUCAGUAACUUCACUGUUCUACUUCAUGGGAAAUCCUUUGAUAUCAACUUAAGUAUUCUUUCCUUAUUUCUCAUCACAUUAUAGCAUAUUAAUUUUUUCAGUUCAGUGAUACUUGUUUAGUAACUGUUUUAUUGCAAUUAGAAAACAGAUUUUUGGGUCUUUGGGCUUUCACGUAUUUCUUUUGAAGAAUAGACUAUACAGAGAACAUCAGCCACUCUAUUAUUAAUCAGAAUCAUGAGAAACUCAUUUGGUAUGUCACUAACAGUUAAACAAAUGGGAUGUUACUGCAGUCCUUGGCAAGAAUUCUUAGGAUUCUUUUUAAUGGUGAAAUAGCCACAAACUUUUUAAUGAGCUUUGUUUUCUGUUAAUUUUGUCCUAGAGCUCAGAGGCAGAGAAUUAUUUUAUUCAUAACGGUUUUUUUUUUUUUCUUUUUGAGAUGGAAUCUCGCUCUGUCGCCCAGGCUGGAGUGCAGUGGUGUGAUCUUGGCUCACUGCAACCUCUGUCUCCUGGGUUCAAGCGAUUCUCCUGCCUCAGUCUCCCAAGUAGCUGGAACUACAGACGCGUGCCACCACGCCUGGCUAAUUUUUGUAUUUUUAGUAGAGAGGGUUUCACCAUGUUGGCCAGGAUGGUCUUGAUCUUUUGACCUCGUGAUCCGCCUGCCUCGGCCUCUCAAAGUGCUGGGAUUACAGGCAUGAGCCACCGCACCCUGUUUAUAAUGUAUAAACAUUAUGUAUAAUGUUUAUACAUAUUCUUCAUCUGGAUAAUUGAUCUGAAUUCCGAACAAUGUCUGUACAUUUUUUUUUUUUUUUUUUUUUGACACGGGAGUCUCGCUCUGUUGCCUAGGCUGGUGUGCAGUGGCGCAACUUGGUUCAUUGCAACCUCUGCCUCCCGGGUUCAAGCAAUUCUCCUGCCUCAGCCUCCUGAAUAGCUGGGAUUACAGGUGCCCACCACCACACCCCGGCUAAUUUUUUUUUUUUUUUUUUUUUGAGAUGGAGUUUCGCUCUUGUUGCCCAGGCUGGAGUGCAACGGUGCAAUCUCGGCUCACCAAAUCCUCCGCCCCCCCGGGUUCAAGUGAUUCUCCUGCCUCAUCCUCCCGAGUAGCUGGGAUUACAGGCAUGUGCCACCACGCCCGGCUAAUUUUGUAAUUUUAGUAGAGACAGGGUUUCUCCAUGUUUGGUCAGGCUGGUCUUGAAUUCCUGACCUCAGGUUAUCCGCCUGCCUUGGCCUCCCAAAGUGCUGGGAUUACAGGUGUGAGCCACCGUGCCCGGCCCUAAUUUUGUAUUUUUAGUAGGGACGGGGUUUCACCAUGUUGGCCAGGCUGGUCUCAAAUUCCUGAUCUCAGGUGAUCCGCCCACCUUGGCCUCCCAAAAUGCUGGGAUUACAGGCAUGAGCCACCACACCUGGCUGUGUAAAUUUUUAAUCAUUUAAAAUUGUACUUGCUUUAAAAGAAUGAAUAAGGAAUAAAUAAUUAAGAGUAGUUUAUGCAACUGUUAAUAAUUUCAGGAUAAUGGAACUAGGACUUCUCAAUGCAUGAGGUGGGGUGGAGACGGCACAUUAAUCGUGGAAUCACAACUCUGCCACAUACUUGUGUACACCUUUGGACAAGGCAUAUAACUUAUUUAAUCCUCACUUCCCCCAUCUGUAAAAUGGGGAGGAUAAUACCUACCUUGCAGGGUUGUUGCAGAGGCUAAGAUAAAAUGUACCUAAGUCCUCUGGCACUCGUGACUAGGCAUUCAAUAAGUAGUAGCUAUUAUUAUUAUCACUACUGUAAACACUGUAAACCUUUUGUUUUUCAGAUUCUGCUCCUAACUGUAGGAGAGAACUUGGUGCCUCUUCCACUCUGGAGUGAAGUUAAUGAAAGUCUUUUUCCUUUUCCAAAACCCAACCUGAACCAGUUCUUUCUUGAGACAGACUAUACUGAGACAACAAGUUGUCACCAGCAGAAGAUAGAUAAUAUGACCUUUAUUAACUUGAUGAAUUAACUUAACCAAGAGGGUAUUUGUAGUUUAUUAUUUACCCUAAAACUUUCUGUGUCUGGGUACCCUCUGAGUAGGCCUAUAAUCCUACCUUGACUGUGUGCAUCAUUUGUAAGCUAGCAGAUCUAUGUGGUGAAAAUGCACAGGAGCUUGGUAGACUGCGGGGGAAAGAGAGAGCUCCUUUCGCCAUGUUUUACCAGUCUGCUGUUAUAACCUCUUAGGUUGUAUCCUUUAAUUUCCAGCCUUUUAGGUUAGUUUCUGUAACAGAACAAGUGAGUCUGGGAUGAAGUCCUCAAAGUACUUCAAAUGGUAAUUGUUUUGUUUUUGUAAUGGCUUAACAAAUAAACCUAGGUUUUCUAUAUUA